GGCGCGCGGAAGAAACAACACCCCAUACGACGACGACGACGACGACAACAAAAACAAAAACCCCAUGCGCCCCUUCCGCGAGGCCCAGCGCCAAGGCGACGCGGCCCUCCGCGCGUUCGUAGCCGCGCAGCUCCCGGCCGCCUCCGGGCCCGACGAACCCGGCCGGGAAGUGUCCCGAGAUCGCGUCGGAGCUGCUAGCGGGGGGGGCCGGACCUGUACGCGAGCGAGAUGGCGCAGGUGCGGGCGCCGGCGCUGGCGCUGGCGCUGGCGCGGGGCCGGGUGGCGCUGGUGGGCGAGGCGACGCCGGGUACGCGUCCGGGGCGACGGGGAUGGGCUGGGCACCAGCCUCGCGCUGGCGGGGGCGUACGUCCUGGCCGGGGAGGUGGCGAGGCGCGCGGGCGAGGGUGAGGGUGAGGGUGCGGUCGAUGUGGAGGGCGCGCUGAGGGCGUACGAGGAGCGGAUGUGGCGCCUCGUGGCCGAGAAGAACCAUCGGGAGCCCAAACUCGUACACGACCUGCUGAUGCUGAUGCCGCAGACCGCGUUGGGGCUCUGGCUCCGGAAUCGCAUGCUGUCCUUCCUCUCGCGAUCGGGCUUGCUGGGGCUCGGCCGGAUUUCGUCUGCCGGUGCGUUUAGAAAAGGGGGAGAAGCGACCUUGCCGGAUUACGAGUGGGUUUUGUGAGCAUUGAACGGUUUUGUUUUCUCUUCUCGCUCGAAAAGGGACACGAGAAAUUGAAGACGAGAAACGUCACCGAUCUCCCGAGUCGUGUAUUAAGCUCUUCGU